AUAUAUAAAUUCCCACCCACUCCACGACAAGUCGCUGCCAGUCCCACACUUUAUUCAAACGCUUUUUUCGUCUGUCAUUUGAGGACGAUGAUUGGGCUCAAGUCUACACUUAAUGUAAUAGACAACUCCGGCGCACUACUCAUUGAGUGCGUCAAUGUCCUCAAGCAGAAAGUCAAUAACGGCUGGGGCUCUGUUGGUGAUGAAAUAGUCUGUGUCGUCAAACGCGCGCGCCCAGUGUCGGCAGCAACUCAGGCAUCUACCACUGCGGUCAAAGUCCGACGCGGAGAUGUUCGUCGAGCAGUCAUCGUGCGAACCAAGAAGUCAGUUCGAAGACCAGACGGGCGUUUCAUCAGGUUCGAUGAUAAUGCGGCGGUCCUUUUGAAUAACAAGAGAGAGAUGCUAGGGACGCGUAUAGGUGGCGUUGUGAGUGCUGACUUGCGCAUGAAAGGCUGGGGGAAGAUUGUUAGCUUAGCACCAAAGGUUGUUUGAUAGACGUAUAUUAGAUACUCGCCUUAUAUAAAAGUAAAACCACUAUUGGCCUUUGACCUACCUGCAUCUCAAUUUACAAACUGGGAAGUUAUUUCUUUUCUUGCACGGCUUUCUACAAGUUUCGAUAGAUUGUUCCAUUGCUACCUGCAUGUCGCUUUCGCAUGUACAGCGACAUUUCGUUUCUCGUAUGUGAUUUUACUUUGUUUCGUUGGUCUUUUCCUGCAAUCUGUUUUGUUUCCUCUUUCCUUCGCAUUUUUCGUUCUUUCGCAGUCUCUUAGCGUGUCUGGUUAUUAUGCGCUGUGUCCCGCUUCAUGGCUACUGUGUUUCUGAUGUCAGCCACAGGUUCCAUGCCCCGAGUCCUCCCUACAAAUAGCAGCAUUUAUGUAUAUAUCUCCCUUGAUGAAACCUCGUGCGCUUGAUAUCAAUGAUCAACUUCCUUUCAGUGUUUUGCAUGACGUUGCCGA